AUGGACUUCCGGUUCGCCUCAUUUCUUGUCCGUUCUCCCACGGAUCUUCGACGCAUGCGUUUUCGUGGAUUCCUCGGUGGCGCAGCAAAGGCUUGUCACGGUCAUCAGUUGCACGAAAGACUGCCCGCUGCAGUAUGGCUACAGAGCAGACACCUGUCCAGUGGGACUCAGGCCGAUAUCGUUGUCAUCGGGUCUGGUCCAGGCGGGUACGUGGCAGCCAUCAAGGCUGCUCAGCUGGGUAUGAAUACUGUGUGUGUAGAGAAAGAUGACACGUUAGGUGGAACUUGCCUCAAUGUGGGCUGCAUCCCAUCCAAAGCCCUCCUUUACAAUUCCCACAUGUAUCAUGCUGCACAUGGCAGUGACUUCAAGAUGAGGGGGAUCGAAUUUGAUGGGUUGAGGCUGAACCUGGAAAAGAUGAUGGAGCAAAAGUCUGGAGCAGUGAAAAGUCUUACUGGUGGAAUUGCUCAUCUCUUCAAUCAGAACAAGGUAACCCACAUACAAGGUCACGGAAAGAUCACAGGAACGAACGAAGUCACGGUCUUGAAACGAGAUGGAAGCAGUGAGGUUGUGAAAACCAAGAACAUCCUUAUUGCAACUGGAUCUGAAGUCAUGCCAUUCCGUGGAAUUGAGAUCAACGAAACGGAUGUCGUCUCCUCAACGGGGGCAUUAUCUCUGAAGGCCGUUCCCGAGAAGAUGGUCGUCAUAGGGGCUGGUGUCAUUGGUGUGGAACUUGGUUCUGUGUGGUCUCGGUUAGGAGCAGAUACUGUGGCUGUGGAAUUCCUCGGACAUAUAGGCGGUCAGGGAAUAGACAUGGAGAUCUCCAAGAAUUUCCAAAGGAUCUUACAGAAGCAGGGCCUCAAAUUUAAGCUCCAAACAAAAGUCAUAGGUGCCGAGAAGUCCGAUGGGAAGAUCAAAGUCCACACUGAAGCCGUUAAGGAUCCAGGGAAGACCGAAAUGCUGGAAUGCGAUGUGCUGUUGGUGUGCAUUGGAAGGAGACCUUAUACUUACAAUUUGGGCCUGGAAGAAAUGGGAAUCGAGCGAGACGAAAAGGGUCGCAUUCCUGUGAACUCCCGCUUCCAGACUGUUAUCUCCAACAUCUAUGCAAUUGGGGACUGCAUUCAUGGCCCCAUGUUGGCUCACAAGGCAGAAGAUGAAGGCAUCAUCUGUGUGGAAGGCAUCACUGGUGGAUCGGUGCACAUGGAUUACAACUGCGUGCCGAACGUGAUCUACACGUCUCCAGAAGUGGCCUGGAUCGGGAAGACUGAGGAGGAUUUGAAGGGUGAGGGGAUCGAGUACAAUGUAGGGAAAUUCCCCUUCAUGGCCAAUAGUCGAGCCAAGACUAAUGCGAUGACCGAUGGAAUGGUGAAGAUCCUCGGAGACAAACACACGGAUCGUCUCCUUGGCGCUCAUAUCAUUGGUCCAGGAGCUGGUGAGAUGAUCAAUGAAGCAGCACUGGCCAUGGAAUAUGGAGCUGCUUGUGAGGACAUUGCUCGGGUUUGCCAUGCUCAUCCGGCAGGGAGCAACUGCUCUCCUCCAUUGUCUACUAUGGAUCUGUCAACUGCCAGGGCUGGAAGGGAAGUGGAUGUUUUCAUGGAAGAUGGGCACCCUGACCCAAGUAGAAAGCUGUGUGUGUGCAUUGGGCCCUGUCAUCUGGAGUACAUGAUUCGAGUAGAGCAAUGUCCAGGAGAUACAUGGACGGUUACUCGACGUUACAGGGACUUCUUGCGGCUGCGGCAGAGCCUCAACGUUUCCAAUGUUCCCCUCAUUUUGCCACCAAAGAAACUCAUAGGAAAUCUUGAUCAGGACUUUCUUCUUGAGAGGCAGAAAGCCCUUCAGGAUUUCUUGGAUGAAAUACUAGGACAUCCAUGGCUGAGUCUAAGCUUUGAAGUGAAACAUUUUCUGGAUCCUCAACGAUAUUCAUCCUCCAUUCAAGAGGUAUGCAUUGCACAUGUUGCAACAUUGAUCCGAAAUGAGCCCAACCUUGUCAUUGGAGAGUCUGUGCCUAACCUGGGCUGGAGAUCUGGUAGGACGCAUUUCUUUGUGACCAAGAAGGAUCGGCCAGGGCAAAAGUUCCUUCUCUCGUGGGUUCAGCAUGGACCUGAUAGGAUCCCACAGGGCAGAGAUCUCAGCGAUCUUGUCUCGAUGAUCAGAGAUCUCCAGCAUCCUUGGAUCCAGAGUGUGACUCAUGCUGAUGCAAGCGACCAGGGAUUUCUGGUCGUGCGGCCUUGGUGUGAGGGUGGAACCCUCAGGGAUCGCAUUUGUGGUGUGCACCCAAAGAUGCAUUUCCUUAAGAAGUAUGCCAAAGCAAAAGAGAGUCAUCCUCUCCCCGAAGCUGACAUCCGCACCUUGGGGAGGCAGAUUCUCGAGGCUCUGCAAUUCUUGCGUCAAAGGGGAAUCCCAUACGGCCAUCUGCACUCAGGAAAUGUCAUGAUAGAAGGUGAAGUUGCUCGUCUGUCAGACGUCGAGAAUGGACCCUUGGGCCUGUCAUCAUUCUAUCGAAGCUAUGCCCUUGCUCACAAACGAAUUGACAGCCUGGAGGCCCUUGAUGCUUAUGCAUUUGGCCACCUCCUCUAUGAGAUGGCAUUUGGCUCCUCACUUCUCCCCCAUAUCACCUGUGAUACCUUCCCCCCAUGCUCACCUGUGAUCAAGUCAACUCUGGAGAGACUGUUAACCACCGAAGCAGUGAAGAAGAGAGGGAUGCCAUCCUUGGGUGAUCUGCUUUCUCUCCCACUCUUCAGGGACCUCACUUUUUCUGUGAUAUCUGUUCCACGUCUCAAGCUUCCCAAAUCCCUGGCUGCACGCCUCCUUCAAUGCCAAGACUCCCAGGAGAAGCGUCUCUGUGCCGACGGCAAGGCUGUUCGACAGCAGAAGAAGAGGAAUCACCUCAUGCAACCAGUGAUUUGCAUAAUGAAUCCAGUUUUGCAGUCGCAGGUCAGUGAAGUACUGCCCUCUUUCCAUACUAAUGGUAACAACUGAGAAGUUGUAAAAAGGAAAUAUAAGUGGAAAUAAUUAUAUUUUGGACUU